AUGAACUGGCAAAUUGUUCUACUUUGCAGGGUGUUUGUGUCCUAUCAAAUGGCCGAUUUUAGGAUGUCGAACACAUCAGGAAACAUCACAUUUUGCCGCCCCUACACUCUCCACAUCUUCAUCCCAGUCUUCCUUAGCUUUAUCUACUCCAUUGGGUUCCUACUGAACUGCAUCAGCCUGUGGAUCUUCUGGUUCCGGAUCAAGCAAUGGAAUCCCUCCAUCAUCUUGCAGUUCAACUUAGCUAUUUCCGAUACCAUCAUUGCCCCGGCAGCUCCAAUGGUUAUUAUAUACUCAUUCACCGACCACUGGAGUUUCGGAAAUUUCGCCUGCCAAUACGCCGUCUUCUCACUCAGCACCAACAUGUACGGUGGAGUCUACUUCCUCACCCUCAUUGCUCUUCAUCGAUACUUCAACAUCGUUCAUAGUUUGAAAUGGAAUCUUCUGGCCAAAAAAUCCUUCAUCAUCAAACUCUGCCUCAUGGUCUGGGGCCUCCUCUUCCUCCAGGGGCUGCCCUUUUUCUUCUUAUUAAGAACAUCUGAUAUUGACGGGGCCACAAAAUGUCUCAGUAUUCACCAGACGGAACACGCUCUAUUAUUCUUUUCAUGGAACUGGGUGGCAAUUAUAUUUGGGCUAUUGCUUCCAUUUGUCAUAACCAUCCUGUGCUACAGCCUCUUAAGUAAACACAUCCUCAAAGCCAACCCCAUGAACCCUCAGAGCCGAACCAUGAUCUCCAAAUCUCUCCUGACCAUAGGGGUUUCCCUGACCAUAUUCAUUAUCUGUUACAUUCCUGUCCAAAUCGCCAGAACCGCUGGAAUCUCUAUUAAGUUCCUUAGCCCAGAGUCCUGUUCUCUCCUGGUCUACAUUGAGGCUGUCUAUUACUUUAGCUGGGUUUUCAUGGCUGCAAAUGGUUGUAUAGGCCCUGUGCUGUACUGCUUUGCUUCAGAGAGAUUUCGGAAAGUCUUUAUGGACUGGUCCAACUGUCUGUAUCACCUUAAUGAGAGAUGUAGAGGGAUCAGUGCACAAGUAGCUUCAGAUGGACCUCCCAUUCGGCCAAAUCCCACGGACAUAAUAAUUACUAAUACCUAUGGGCUCUAG